AUGGCUGACGUGGAGUUCCACGGCCAAGAGCAGGGGAUGAUGAAUGAUGUGUCACUUGAAGGGGAGAUAACUGUUCCUGGCUUGGCUCAAACUGAAGAUGACGAGGAUCAUUUUUCUACACUGGAUGAACCUGUCAAGGAUACAGUGAUGCGAGAUGUAAAAGCAGUGGGCACUAAGUUUUUCCAUGUCCUGUAUCCAAAAACAAGUAGAGCACUUCUAAAAGAAUGGGACCUGUGGGGACCACUAAUCCUUUGUGUCUUUAUGGCAAUGAUGCUUCAGGGUUCAUCUGAACACCUAGACAAGAUGAACGAUGGAGGUCCACAAUUUGCCGAGGUGUUCGUUAUCUACUGGGUUGGAGCAGUGGUGGUUACACUUAAUACCAAACUUUUAGGAGGAAACAUCUCAUUUUUCCAGAGUAUCUGUGUUCUUGGAUACUGUGUGUUCCCGCUGACAGUGGCUUUGAUUAUAUGCCGUAUUGUAUUAAUAGCCAGCCAAACAACAGCACUAUUCAUUGUCAGAUUCAUCAUAGUCGUUGUAGCGUUUGCCUGGUCUACAUUUGCCUCCACAGCAUUCCUGGCAGAUAGCCAACCAACCAAUAGAAAAGCCCUGGCUGUGUAUCCCAUAUUCUUGUUUUAUUUUGUCAUUAGUUGGUUAAUUAUAUCUCACACACAUACAUAGCACUAACGAUUUUAAACUCAAGUAAAUUGUAUUGUUUCAUACUUGUGGGAGCUAUUUAUUUUUUUUCAUUCAUAACAUUUCCAUUGAUUAUGUACUUUCUUUGUUGAACAAAGUCUGUUUUAAUAUAAACUUGUAGUACAUUUUUGUCGUAUAACUUAGUUGGUAAUCUGGUUUAAAGUUAUCAUUAGAUUUUCCACUUUGUUUCAUUUUCCGUUUUUCAUUACCGGUAAUCUAUAUCUAUUGCAAUGAUGUAGAUUUUACGUUACAACCAUUUUAUCAUUUUCAG